AUGUCGCAACAAGCCUCGCUCCAGUCCUUUUUCACCCAGUCUUCCCAGCAAGGGACAGCCCCUCCGCAGAACAGGAAUACUCCGGUUCCCGAUCCAACCCCAUCCGGAGCUCAGGAACAAGAAUUCUCCUCGACCUUUGCAUCACAAUCCGACUACAACGACCCAUACCAACCGAGAAUUGACUACCUCUACCCAAGCAUCGUUCCCCAGGACACUCACACCCAGACGGACCUGAACUACAUUACCUGGGCCAUUAGACAUGCCACCAGCCGAAUCUGCCCACCCACCGACAGGAUGGAAAUCCUCGAAGAGCAAACGACCACACUCCGGAGAACAGUGGACACACUGUAA